UUGGAAGUAUGAAUUCCCACAUAAGUCGACCUUAAGGAGAGCCAAGAACCUUUGCAAAAAAACCUAAAAUAUAAAAUAAAAUUACGAUGAAAGAAGAGAAAAACAAAGAAUCAAAAGGAGAAAAAAAAAGGAUGGGAGCGACGAGGAGGAGGGAGUGCUACAACAAGAUAAACCAGUCCCAAACACACCCUGAGGAUGAGCCCUUAGCAUUUGAUAUUGAAGCAAUUCGGACAGCAACUAAUAAUUUCAGUGAUGAAAAUAAGCUCGGACAAGGAGGAUUUGGACCUGUUUACAAGGGUCUACUUCCAAAUGGGCAACUUGUAGCUGUUAAAAGGCUAGCUAGCUGUUCUGGACAAGGAGAAUCAGAAUUUACAAAUGAGAUUGCCUUAAUGGCCAAUCUUCAACAUCCUAAUUUGGUCAAGCUCCUUGGUUAUUGCUUGGACUUGGAAGGAAAUGAAAGAAUUCUUGUCUAUGAAUUUGUCACGAACAAAAGUCUUGAUCGUUUCAUAUUUGAUCCUAUCAAGCGUGCAGAAAUGGAUUGGGCAACCCGUUACAAAAUCAUUGAAGGUCUUGCCCAAGGGCUUUUAUAUCUUCAUGAAAAAUCUCGACUCAAAGUUAUUCAUCGUGAUGUCAAAGCAAGUAAUAUUUUAUUAGAUAAAGAUAUGAAUCCCAAAAUUGCAGAUUUUGGAUUGGCAAGAUUGUUUUCAGAUGACCAAACUCAUGUUACAAUGAGUAAAGUUCCAGGAACAUAUGGAUAUAUGGCUCCAGAGUACUUGUACCAUCGCAGAUGUUCAGUUAAGUCGGAUAUUUUCAGUUUUGGUGUCUUAAUUCUAGAAAUUAUGAGUGGUCAAAGGAACACUAUGUUUGAUGGGCAGCACGAAGUCGACAUUAGAAGUGUGGUGUGGAGAAAUUGGAGGGAUAGAACACCAUUGAAUAUUGUGGAUCCCAAUUUGAUGAGGGAGGGAUCAAGUAACCAAAUGAUGAGAUGCAUUCAUAUUGGAUUACUUUGUGUGCAAAAAAUUGCACAACAAAGACCGGAAACGGGAAGAAUUGUUAAGAUGCUUAAGUCGCAUGAAACCCUCCAAAUACCUUCCCAACCAUCUAUUUUUCAUACUGAUAAUGCCACUGAGUCUGAAAUAGAAUUGUCUUGACUUCCAUAAAUGAUGUUUUUUAUUAACGGAGCUAUAUACAAGAUAUCUUGAAGACCCAUACAAAUGUUAUUUAUGUAACAUAAUUAUUAGCAGUUCUUGCUAUAUACAACAUUUUGAAAAGGUAUUCACUCUUGUUAAUGAACUCUUGGCAUAAUG